GAAUUUGCACAUGCGCAGAUCGACGAGAAAGUUACUCCUGAACUUCGCAGAUCUUCUCUGAUUUAGAGGGAAAUCAGGGAAACCUCUUCUCUCUUUGCCGAAAUGGCUUUUCGCCGAAGAAACAAGAGCUACCCGUUCUUCAGUCAGGAAUUCCUCAUCCAGAACCAUGCAGACAUCGUCUUUGGUUUGGUGAUUGUCGUUUUGAUUGGAUUGAUGUUUGAGGCAACAGCGAAAACAGCCAUACUGUUCAUUCAGCCUCAGUACAACAUCAGCACGUUAUCGCCAGACGGUGAGGUGACCUUCUACCACUACGGAUGGAGGGACUGCGCGACCAUCCUCUUCUACUUCUUCAUAGCCAUCAUCCUGCACGCCGUGGUGCAGGAGUACGUCCUGGAUAAAGUGAACCGCCGCCUGCAUCUGUCCAAGAGCAAGAACACCAAGUUCAACGAGUCGGGCCAGCUGUGUGUGUUCCACCUGGUGUCCAGUGUGUGGAGCCUGUACAUCCUCGUCACGGAGGGGUACCUUCUCCACCCCAGCAGCCUCUGGGAGAACUACCCUCACAUUCACCUCAGGUUCCAGGUGAAGUUCUUCUACCUGGCUCAGCUGGCCUACUGGCUCCAUGCCCUGCCCGAGCUCUACUUCCAGAAAGUACGCAAGGAGGAGAUUCCUCGACAGCUGCAGUACAUCUGCCUUUACCUGCUCCACGUCCUGGCAGCCUACAUGUUGAAUCUGUCUCGAGUGGGGUUGGUGCUCCUCUUCCUCCAGUACUUCUCGGAGCUCCUCUUCCACAUCGCCCGCCUCUUCUACUUCACUGACGAGAGCCACCAGAAAAUGUUUGACCUGUGGGCAGCGGGCUUCGUGUUCACCCGUAUGGUCACCCUGACCCUGAGCUUCCUGGUGGUGGGCUUCGGUCUGGCCCGCGCUGAAAACCAGGGCUUUGAUCUGGAGAUGGGCAACUUCAACACCGUGCUCAUACGGAUGACUGUUCUCCUGCUGGUGUGUGUGACCCAGUCCUGGCUGCUGUGGAAGUUCAUCCGGUUCCAGCUGCGGCGAUGGCGCGAGUUCAGACGCACACAGGACGCACGCAAGAAGGCCGGGCCCAAACCAGCCCUGCGGCCGCUGAAGAGGGACUCGCUUGGCCACCAUGAGAACGGAGUGCUCAAGGCAGAGAACGGCGCCUCCCCUCGGACCAAGAAGAUCAAAGCCCCCUAGGCCUGGCUCUGCGACGGCCGCCCUGAACAGCGGCCUUAAACCCAGACUAUGGUACCCCAGCAGCACACGGGAGAAACUGGCCGCUGACCGCCAUCAACGGCCUGAUGUCCGGUGGUGUCACCAGGACUCGGUCGCUAUGGACACCCGCUUGAAUGCCGGACAAAUAAAAACCGCCGCCUUGAAACAGAAAUCCCUUGAGCUCUAAAGACAUUUUUCGCUUUCUAUAAUAUCAGUAUUUUUUUUUUGUUUUGUGUUUUUUUUAUAUCACAGAGUGCUACCUGCUAUCGCACCGUAUGGAAUGGUAUAGGAUAUUGAAUGAUUUACUUGUAAAUGCCUAUUGCAGCACACAAACACACAAAUAAACACAUCGUAUAACCUGUGCCAAAAUCGAACGUGUCAAUGUCUAAUGGUCAUUCAUACGUACUGUACCGGUUCAGAUGUGGCCAACGUUUUGGACUCCUGGUUAGACCUAGCUUUGCUUUUUUUUGGGAUUUGUUUUUACUCAUUGCUACACAAAAUGUUACUGAUGCAAUGGAGAAUCGCAAUAGAUACUGUAUGCAGUCGGAUGGUCCUAUACGUUGCAUAUUACCUUAAUACCAGGGAAUGGUAUUUUUGUAAUGAAUGGGGCGGUGCUUUAGCGAGAUGUAGCCAAUCAAAACUAAGUGGACACCAUAGCUCUUCUUCCUAUUGGUCCCGGUCCUCUCGCUAGGCACUUGGAUGUAAACCCCAUGUAUUUCUGUAUGUAUGUUUAAUGAUACUGCAAGCCAAUACAUGUGUUUUGUUUUUUUGUAAUCUUUUGUUCAAGAUUUAUUAUAUAAUUAAAUGAAGCAUAUUUCUCAAAUGGUU